AUGGCCACCAAAGCCGAAGGCAUCCAAGAAGAAGAAUUCUCACGUAUGGAAGAUGGUGUUUCCUCUAGCCCUUCCAGAUGUGACACAUUACAUAACUGUUGUUCAAACAACGUUGUAACCCUAGUACAGAAGGUGAUCGCAGAAUUGAUUGGCACAUAUUUUGUGGUAUUUGCGGGUUGUGGGUCUGUGGCAGUGAAUAAGAUCUAUGGUUCUGUGACAUUUCCUGGAAUUUGUGUCACAUGGGGGCUCAUCGUAAUGGUCAUGAUUUACUCAGUUAAUCAUAUCUCUGGAGCUCACUUCAAUCCUGCAGUCACCAUCACUUUGGCCAUCUUUCGCAGGUUUUCAUAUAAAGAGGUGCCACUGUACGUUAUUGCUCAGUUGCUAGGGUCGAUACUUGCUAGUGGCACAUUAGCCCUAAUGUUGGAUGUAACGCCUAAAGAUUACUUUGGAACAGUACCAGUUGGAUCCAUUGCACAGUCUUUAGUUGCUGAAAUCAUCAUAACCUUUCUCUUGAUGUUUGUUGUAUCUGCUGUUGCUACAGAUCACAGAGCGGUGAAUGAAUUUGCUGGAGUUGCAGUUGGCAUGACAAUAAUGUUGAAUGUCUUCAUUGCCGGACCUGUAUCAGGAGCUUCCAUGAACCCUGCAAGAAGUAUUGGACCUGCGCUUAUAAAGCAUGUUUACAAAGGGUUAUGGAUAUACGUAAUUGGUCCAAUUAUUGGAGCCAUAGCUGGAGCACUUGCCUAUAACCUUCUUAGAUCCACAGAAAUGCCAUCUUCAGAAUAA